AUGCUUGGCGUUGGCGAUGGAGGCGAAACCCCUUCAAGAUAUGAAUUGUUGAGCAUGGUGAAGAAGCACUCAAAUUUAAUUGGGAGAACCGUUGUUGAAGAUCAACAAGAUGCUCCUGAUGUUGAAAUGGAUAUGAAGUUUUGGAAUGAUGUUUUUGAUUUGUAUUUUGUUCGCGGAAAAGAAUCUAGGGGUCGCCAAGAUGAUGAUCUCGUUUUCUUCGUUAGAAAAUUGGUUUCUAGAGGUUCUGCUUCCAAUUACGAUACAGAAAGUCUUGAUCCUUAUUUUGUACGCAGGUGGGCACCUAAGUUGAGCAGCCUAAUUGAUGAAACUUCAAUUGAUGUGGAUUGGAGGCGUUCCUUUUACUUGAAUUUAAUCGCUCAUACAUCUUUCAGUGUAACUGUCGCAAUUUGCAGUCAACAGGUUCUUCAAAACCAUCAGGCUGGGAAGGAUACAUCUUUAUCCCCUAUAUAUAAGGUUGUGAAGACUGUUUAUGCAUCUCCAAGUCGUGUAAAUUUUCAACUGGACUCUAAAAAGGAAGUGGAAACAACACCUGCUUAUCCGGAUAUAUGUUUUGCAAUUGAUGAUUUUGACUCCACUUUUGAUGCUGUGGUUUUGACUGAAAAAGAUCAUUGCUAUUGUGUAGUUCUUAAUGCACAUGAUGGGGCAGCAUUUCCCAGUAAAAAGGUGUCAAACGAUUGCAGUACUAGUGAUAACUCCUCGCCGGAAGUUUGUACCAAUACUACUACGAAAAAAGAUACUAAGGUUUGA